AUGUACCGGUUCGCAAAAGCUGCAGUUAACAUCACAGGUAUGGGGAUAAAGUUUUAGAAGAAAUGUAUGUUGUUUUCAUAAACUUGCUCCAGUUAAUGGUUUAAUUGAGUGAAAUUCAGGCCCGCCGUAGGUUGGUUGACCGCGGUCAGCGUGCUAACACGGUUAGACAGCUAACAUUAGCAAUGCUACAAAAGACCGCUUUCGUCUUCAGACUUCAAUCUUUAUUUAAAUCUAAUUGAGUGUAUUAUCAUAAAAAAAGGUUUAUAGAAUGACUUCAUUUUGUAGGGUCUUUGAUUUGUUGAAAAUGUCGUAGUCCAACAGACUGACUGCCAUAAUUUCUGAUGACAGACUUCCUUAUCCCUCUUGUUUAUUUCCUUAAAAAUGAUUGACAAAACAGUAAAUAAUUAGGUGUAGAGCCCAAUUUUAUAAAGAAAUGCAUGACAUUGGGCCGCGUCUUCAAUACAGGAAAAGGGUUCAAAGACACUUUUAAAACUCUGUCUCAAUAUUCAAGACCGAAGACUACCUUUUAUGUGUUUUCAGACAUGUUUUUAUAACCACUAUUAAGAAUAAGAAGAACUUUAUGAAUCUAAAAGGAAAUUCAAUAACAGUUUUAAGAGAUAUAUGAGUUGGCCCACAACAUUUCACGACCUUGAUUUUUUUUAGAAACCAUGUGUAGAGUCACAGACACCUCUCUACCUACUCAUGUAUAUCACAUUGGGAAGGAGGUCAGACAAGGCCAUGCAGUGUCAACACUAUGCUGCUUUAUGUAUGUCCUGGUUUUAGUUUAGAGGGCAUUAUAGCAUAAGAUUUCAUGAGAGUAUACCAAAUCAUGCAACCGUGUAAGUCCUAUUUUUUUUUUACAAAAAACUAAGUUUUACAGUCUCUUGUAAUUAUCCUUUCAUUUUUUAAGUCGGCAUGUUGUAUUUUAAGUUUAAGAGGCCAUAUGUUCAGAAAGCAUAAACAUGAGAUUACCAAUAAAUUACAGAAAUGGAUAAAGUUAAUCAUGAAUCUUCUUGAUGACAUUUGUAGUUUCUUUCCCUCUCGUAUCUGCACCUCAAAGUGGGCCCUACCCCAGUUCAGAUUUGUGCUGUAGUUACUGACACUAUGGAAUACACAACAAAUUCAUGUAACUCUCAAAAACUCAGACGGUGCAGGGAUAAAGGUCUAAAAUAAUGUGUUUUUUUUUUUUCCAGGCCAGGCCGCAAGGCAGGUGAGGCAUGGAUCCAGUGCCGCCCCAGAUUUCCACACGAAGUAUGGCAAUGGUUUGAUGGUUGGUGGACUAGUCUUCUGCACAGCUGUGUGGUCAUAUGUGAGUAAUAUUUUUGUUUGUUAUUCUUAUUGAUAUGCAUGACAUGAAGAGGCAACUUGCUUUCAAAAUGGUCAAUAAUUGGUAAACGGUGGAGGAGAAGGAUGUCAUCCAGAGGUACUUGGCUGUGAAACAAAUGUGGGUACAAAAUUAUACUCAAUAUUUAAUGCUACUUAUUGGACACUGUACAACGUGAGUGAACCCUGCUUAAAAAAUGACCUUAUACAAUUCAGUACUGAUGAUGUUAAAGUUAGUUCAAAAUGCCAUGUGGUGUGAUAAGUAUUAAGUCCUCUACACUGACCCAGUUGACAUGAAUAAACUUUACAGUAGGCAUAGUAAUAACAACAAAAACAGUACAUAGGAAAAUAAGCCCAUAUAUGACUCAAGUACUCGAGUAGAAAUAUAUUAAAAUAGUGAUGAGUGUUUCUUACCAAACAGGUUUGUUUGUGCUCUUAGAAAAACAGGUAAUAUCUCAUUGUUUCUCAUGAGUGAAUCAUGCUGAGAUGUGUUUAAAUCCACGUCUUUGGCCUAAUCUAGGUGUGAACUUAAGGAGGUCCAGCAGAGGGUGGUGUUCCUCCUUAAAAACCACUGUCUUUUGUUUGUGCAGGUGAUAACUCAGACUGGCAUCUCCUGGAAUCUGUCACCUGUUGGGAAGGUUAUGCCCAAAGAGUGGAGAGAGCCGGAGUCUGAGGAGUGAAAAACCGUCAAGACAGACGAAUAUCUCCCCUAAUGACAAACUUUCUGGUUGUACAGAUGAAUAAAAAUGAUCUGCCUGUUUAGACAGUGAAUGCCUGUGUUUAUUCCAACAUGUUACUUUGUCCAAAUAAAUUAAAUAUGAUUCUUCUGAUGAAUAUGUCUUGUUUUCUACAAAAUAUACUUAAUAGCUGCCUCCCAUGUCCUCAAAAAGCAUCUGGUUCAUAGGUUCACAUUCAGUUAAUGAACAUCAUGACAGGAUUCUUAUUCAAGAAAUAAAGAGGAAAGUUGGACAGACUACGUAAAUUUAUUUUGAACAAUAAUUAUUUGAUUUUAUGCAUGUUGAUUGUCAUGAAUGGAUUAACUGUUGGCACUAUUUUUAUACUUCUUUGUUCAUACACAACUCGAAACAUAGUGAAGGAAUAAACUUCACACUGAGAUGACUGAAAUACAUUCUCCUUAAUCUGGGUAAUAAUCUUGAAGAUGGAUUUAAAACUCAAUAAAAACUCAAAACUUUUCAACAUUUCCUACCUACCAUGUUGAGUAUAAUACAGAUAUUAUUUCACACAGUGUGAAAAUAAAGACAGUAACUCAUGACGAUGCAUGUUACAUAAUUUAACUUUUUGAUCAUUAAAAGUACUGAUACAUUUUGUGCUCUUAAAACUAAGUUGUAGACGAACCAGAUACUAAAUAUAAAUCAGCAAAUAGAAAAAUAUACUAUUUGCCCACAAUUUCUGUGGCAUCCAAGUGGGGGAUGGUAGAACUUCCACAGUUAUAUAAAUUCCACUUUGAAUUGUGGUAAAGUUCAAUGCUUGAGAAAAAGGACCUGAUAACUUCUCAACUUUUCAGAGGAGGAAAUGUAAUUUUGACCACAGCGUACUCGUCAAAGUUUAUUUCUAAAGCAAGUGUUUAGGGGAUAGUCAUAGUGGGGUAAGUUGAGCCACCCCCUGUUGCUUGGAAAUGGUAAAAGAAAUUGAUCAUGUGAUCAAAUAUUUAGGAGAUGGGCAUCAAUUCAUGGAGUCAUGGAGUGUGAAGGUUAGAAGCACAUGGGUGAAGGGGUUAGACAUUUAUUUCCAACAAAACAUUUUUUACUCUUGAAAGUGAAUUUAGUCUGUCAUAAGUUUUAUUAGAAUUGUGUUCAGACCAAAAAGAUCAUUUUAAAUUUGUUUUAUACAUCAAUUGUGGUAUCUAUGAGCUACAACAUGAGGUCAAAAACCUAGCAUAAAAGUCCACCAUUUUAGCUCAGAGGACUAAUAAAGUCAUAAUUGUACAUAAUUGUAAUUCUGGGGUAAGUUGAGAAAGUAAAGAAGUCUGAUGAGAGGAUCAGAGUUUCAGUUCAGAAACAUUGAAAAAAAGUCAUUUUUUGACUUUUUGUUUUAGAAAUACAGCUGUGAAUGUUCUGAAUCACUUAAAGACAUUCUCAUGUUAAAAUGGCUUUUUACAAAACAGCUGUUUAGCAGUUAUAUGCAAUAAUAAUAAAAAACAUUACUGUACCAGUUGAAUAUAUGCAGAUACACUAGUUAGAGACAAAACUAUGAUCGUCUUGAUGUAGUGAUCCAAAAUAUGGAAAAGGGUUAAUCUUACCCCACUCUCCCCUAUUCAUAAAACCAUCCUGUCAAUGAAGUACGGCUGGGUGAAGUCGGAGGGCAGGGUAUUUACGUCACGAAAACAGACAACAACCAUGUCCAAUAGAAUACGAGCCUUUGAACCAAUUGUAGCCAAUAAGCGUCAGGGGGUGUGCUUCGUCCCGCCCCGCCGGUGUUCCUCCGCGCUGCGCUAAGGUCACUCCUGUCAUUCGGUAGCUAACCAGCCGAAGGAAGCGGAGGAGACUCAGCCAGGAAGAUUCAGGAAAGACAAAUCUUCAAUCAAGCAACAUGUCUCUGUCUACUAAACUCACCCUGGACAAGUUGGACGUGAAGGGGAAGAGAGUCAUCAUGAGGUGAGCGUCUGGAGCCCAGCCGAUGUGGCUAACUUGGGUUCUCUUCCGUUAACUGUCGGAUCAGACAUAUUGGAGACGUUUUGUACUAAAAACUCAUCCUGAUCUGAUCUGUACUGAUCGGCAGAUUUAAUAUAAGUGCACAAAACUGAGGUUUGAUGGGAUGUGUGAGUCAGUGGAGAUGAUUCGGAGGAAGGACAGGAAGUGAAGUUACUAAUAGUCACGUUUUCCAGUCGUGUUACGUGCCCGUGAGGAGAUGCAGCAUGGAUGCUACUGAUUGCAUCCCAGAUGUACUCGGUUUGUCCUUCUGAAUUAAAGUACUGCAAUCUAACGAGUACUGUUUUAUUAAGGCUGAAUACAUUUAUGACACACUGCAUUAGAAAUAUAAGGAACUGCAUUGGUCAUCCAGAAUCCAAUUCAAAUUAAUUCAGUUAUGUAACAUACUGAUGGCAACUAAAGUCAUUUUAAGAACAAAAAUCGAGCUUUUACCUUCAAUACGUAACGAAAGACGAGGUGCAUCGUCCAAAAUCAAGUUUAAAAAUCUAAAAAGGAAGUGUAACAUGUCAUAACAGUUGUUUGUGACAUAGAUCAAUAGGGCUGGGACUAUUUGCUUUUCUCCCAUUCGAUUCUUCCACGAUUUUUUUGGAUGCCGAUCCGAUUAAAAUUGCGAACCUACGAUAUUGUCGAUUUUCUCGAUAUAUAGUCUGCAUUUUUAACACCAGUGAAACGGUUAAAUCAUUAUGAAUAUCUACCGACUAUUCCAGGAACCAUAUUUUUCCAAAAAAUACACAUCACGUGUGAGUCAGUUUUUAAGAUUUAUUCUUAAAUUUGAAAAAGAGGGGGAAAAAAAUCGAUUCUUGAACAUGAAACUCUGUCACAAAAAUCUGCCUUGCUCAAAGGCAUUGCAGUCCACAGAGGUUUUAAUUCUCUACAGCACAAUCUCUUAAGCUGGAAGGAUGCCUCACUGUCUGGCUGAGCAGAACCUGAAAUCUCCUUAUUAGUAAUAGAAAUUUCCCUGAAUUGUUGCACACUGACUUGCCUGCAGACUUCAAGAGCUCACAUGGGUGGCAGUGCACUUGAAACUGACACCCUCUGUGGAAAUGUCAAAGAGCCAUAGUGAUCAGUGUAGUGAUGCAAUGACAUGCGGCAUAGGACAAGGUUCACCGGCACCAGCAGCCCCCCAGCCCGUUCUGCUCAGUGUUAAAAGGUCAACCGAGUUAUUUGUUCCUGUAGGGGGGACUUAUCAGAAGACAAUAAGUAACCUCACAUCCCGCCCAGAGCCUGUCAUAACUUGCAGACAGUUUGUUCUCUUUUCUUUUUUAUAACUGCCUGAUGUGAGCUGCUGGUGCAAUUUUGAAAAAAAAAAAAAGAGGAGGGGCAGCAUUGUUGUAGUGAUCCGGGCUCAAGUUUUGUUCAGCUGCCAAAUCCUGAAGCAGCCAGACAGUGACUUCCUGGAGAGGCAUCACAUUAACAUGUAGCUCACUGGGUUACAGUUAUGGUGCCACUGUAAUACAGACAGACUGUAAACUUUAAUCAAAAGAGAAAGUGAACAGAUUGUUUAUCAAAAUAUCAGAUUUAUGACUAGAUAGGAAAAUACCAACAGUAAAAAAAACAUUAUUUUUGCACUUAAGAUAACUAUUGUGAGGGCCAGCUAGCUAGUAUACUCAGCUUUUCAUUCAAAAAUUAAUUUGACAAUCAUAUUCCCAAUGAAACACUUACUACUUUUUUGAAAACAGCAAGAAACAGUUUAAUAAAAUGACCACCAAAGCUCAAGAGAAUGGUUUUUCAAUGCAACCAGAAAUAUUCUCUUUGCAACAAUGCCAUCAAAGAGCCCAAGAGGAUGUUUAUUUAAAAAUGAAUAAAAAAAUCAAUCAAUUGUUGGAGCUCUGCAUCAUCCACACUAACAGACUGUAAAAAAGAUGCCUUUUCCAGUACAUUGCUCUCCUUUUAAAGUCAAAAUGGGAUACAUGCUUGCCUUGACUUUACACAAUAUUAUCACAGAGUUUGUUAUCAAAGGCCAAAAUGCAGCAUCCUUGGUUUAGAAGGAUUAAUCUCCAUAUUUAAUCUAGGCAUCUAUUGUUGUGUAUAUUUAUCAGCCUCACAAAGAGUAAAUCCAAAGCAUCAUUUCUUCUCAGGGUUUUUGUUGUCCAAGUGUGCAACAGCUGCAAUUUUUGGCUUCAUCUAUCAAUGUAUGCAUCAGCUCUCCCCAUACAUAUGCAGGAAAUAGCUUUGUGUAUGUUGCAAUGAUGCAGCAAAUGCUUUAAUGUUGUGCACAGGAACAGUCAAGAGCAGCAAGAGAUCGAGCGAUACAAAAGUUGGAAUCCGCCGCAGUUUGUCGGAUGACUGAGCAUUGUGUCUGUACAGGAGCCUUUAAGCCUCCGAAAUGCUGACCACUGGGUUUUAGAUUAUAACAAAGGAUAGCUGUUAUUAUGGCAGAGUGUGUUUAGCGUGUCCCUGUGCAGACUGAUUAUGCGUGUCAACCCAUCAGGGUCUCAGUCAGGCUGAGGAGGGAGGUGGUUAUGUAACAGGCUGGAGUGCAAGGGAUGCAGCAUGUUCUCAGGAGCUGCGAGCGUGCAAAUGCUGCAUGUGCGGCCGCUCUACUAGGCUGGGCGAUGCAAAGAUGUCCAUGCUGCAGUUGUCUGAACAUAUUCAAUACUGAUGCCAAUAAACAUACAGGUAGCAGAAUGCAAUAUGUCAGCCAAUCAGUCUUUGUAUAACCGAAUGAAGGGGGAGGGGUGGGGCUAAUUUGAUUGAUGCACUUGCUCAGAAAUAGCCAAAGUCAUUAUCAAUCAUUGUUUUUUGUUGUAUUUUCCUGUUUUAAAGGGUUUAUAUGAUAAAGAUUAGAUUGUUACUAGAGCUGUCUUACAGCAAAAUAAUGAUCAACUUUUAUUUAAUAUCUAUAGUAAUGGAACAGCCAGGGUACUCUGCCUGGUUUAAGUAUCCUGAUUCAAGUGUGUUUUAGUGGAGUUUAGGAAUAUUUUCAAGAGCCUGAAGUUGUUUAUCAGACAUUGUUUUAGCUGUAUUCUCGAGGAACAUGCUCAGAGUACACAGAGUACUAUCUCCCCUCAGGAGCAAUUGGAAAACUUUAGAUCCUGCAAGUUUCUGCCAAGUGAAAGCCUGAUAACGCGCCCGGACCAUAUCCAGUAAAAAUACUAAAAACUCGAAAUUUGAUGACACUUACUUUUUGAGAUCAUUAACUUACUAAUCCUUAUAUACUGAAAUAUAAAAUCAUUAAAUACCUGGGAUCUCAUAAAGACGUCACAAACACAAAGCUGAGCAGAAGUCCUGAAAUUGUCGUCCACUUGUUUGUCAGGCCACGACUGCAGAAAGUGUAACUGUCUGUGUCUGCUUUAUCCCGAUGAUUUUAAACUUAAUAUUGAAAUAGAAUUGAGAAACAUCAGAAAUGAGGGGGUAUAGAAAACAUUAAUUGUGGGGGAAUGAAUGAGUCACCAACACUUUAACAGUUUUAUUAUAAGUGCUUGUUCAUCUCUAUCUCUUACAGGGUUGACUUCAACGUUCCAAUGAAGGACAAGCACAUCACCAACAACCAGAGGUACUAGAGUUUACAUCAUCAAAGUUUGGUGUUCAGUUUCUUAUUACUGCAAAAGGUCUUUUCACUAAAGGACAGAUUUUCAGAGCGUUUUUUUUCCAUGGAUUUUUAGAGUCAAAGCAGCCAUUCCCAGCAUCAAGCACUGCCUGGACAACGGAGCCAAAUCUGUGGUCCUGAUGAGUCAUCUGGGCCGACCUGACGGUAACGUCAUGCCCGAGAAAUACUCCCUGGAGCCCGUCGCCGCCGAGCUCAAGAGCCUGCUGGGGAAGUGAGUGGAUGGGCUCAAACUUUACUGUAGCUUUAUGAAUUAUAAACACAUUUGAUAUUUUUUUUAAAGCUGAAAAAUCAAGUGUUAAACUCAGCGUAAAAACUUUGUCAUGACGGGACGAAAUUCAGUUUCUCAUCAUGACGGCAGAGAGCUUAGUCAGUCAAGAUCGUAAUAGGAUCAGUCCAUCAGAAAUCCUUUCACAUGUCCUCAAUGGUCCUCUGUGACCCCACAGGGAUGUCACCUUCCUGAAGGACUGUGUGGGUGCGGAGGUGGAAGCCGCCUGCGCUAACCCUGCUACCGGAUCAGUCAUCCUGCUGGAGAACCUCCGCUUCCACGUGGCUGAGGAGGGGAAGGGCAAAGAUGCGUCUGGAAACAAGGUGAGUCUACAAGUGGAGAGCGUUUUCUCAGACGUACGAAUGUUGAUACCGUCUAAAAAAAAAAAGACACUUUGAAGGGACAGAAAUUUCCUCGAAGAACUGAAGCGUGGAAAAAGAAACGGUCUCUGGUCUCAGCCCAGCAAAGUUUCUCACUGCUGGGUUAUUUUGAAGAAAAAUGCAGAGUCACUGCAGCUGCAGCGUCACGGUCAGCCUGCAGAGACUCCCAUUUUUUAAUCCACUGGAGUACUCCAUGUUUACCUUACAUGAUUUAUUCUUCAUUAGUGCUAUUUAUUCACUGAGUGCUGGAGAAAUUUCACAGAAUAAACCGUAACGUUUGCAGAUCUUGAAAUUGAAUGUGAAACCUAUUAUAAUGAAACCUCAAACUAGCAAUAAGCUCGAGGAGACUUCUAGGGUUCAUACCAGACUGGUUGGUUGAGGAUGCCUGCAGAGCUCUGAGCAGCUCUGACCUGCUGACAUUUAUCCUGAAGGUCAGCGGGGUAGUCCAGACUUGAUGUGUUGCUUUUCCUGUCCUGAGAGGCCUGGUUGGUAUGCAGUGUGUGUGUGUGUGUGAUCAUGAGUGUCUAUGCUUCUACUGUACUGCUGCACUGUAUCAGACAGGAAACCUUUUUCAUUUCAGUUCAUUAUAAAAACAAAUCUUCAGACUUUAGAGAGUGGAGACAAAGAAUCGCAAGAGUCAUCCUAACUCUGUGUACUGAUUUUUAACGAGAAAAAAGUAAAUUGAGAUACUUUUUAGCAUUAGGUAAUGAGAAAUACUAAAGUGGGUAUAAAAUAGAUAAACAAGCUGUCAGUUUUGACUUUUUAAAAGCUCUCUGACUGGAUAUAAUCUGGUUUAUGGACAGAGGGGUUAAAUGUGGAAGCAGGAUCGAAGCGUGCAACUCUCGUCUGACAUUUGGAUGACACUGAAGAACUCUCUUGACCUUUUUCUGUCCUCCGGUCACCAGUCACAACCUUUGCCUGUGAAAGAGCAGCAUUUACCUGAUUCACAAGAACUGACUGAUACACAAAUACUGUGAAAGCAAACGUCUCCCACAGUUGUUAAACAGCACCCGACUAAUGUUGAUUACCAGAUAACUACCAUUAUAUAAACCACUUUUUAUUAUAAGUCUCACUUCAGGAUUGCAGCACCACAGACGCAGCUGCUUCUCACAUUACUGAAUGAAUAAUUGAAUAUUAAAUAAUCCCCUUGGACAGUCUGAUGGAGUUUUCCUCACAUCCCUUUUCUGUCGGUUUUGUCCCCCUCAGACCAAGGCCUCCCAGGCCGACAUCGACUCCUUCAGGGCGUCUCUGUCCAAACUGGGAGAUGUUUACGUCAACGACGCCUUUGGCACAGCUCACAGAGCCCACAGGUGAGCAGAGUGUUUGGACACACAAUGACAGCACUGUGUGAUCAUUUGGUAACUACAUCUUCUCAGAAAUAAAGAUCUCUCCACCUUUGACUAUAUUUUCCAUCACCUUCUUUCUCCUUCCUCUUUCUCAGCUCCAUGGUGGGAGUGAAUCUUCCUCAGAAGGCGGCAGGUUUCCUGAUGAAGAAGGAGCUUAACUACUUCGCCAUGGCUCUGGAGAAACCCCAGAGGCCCUUCUUGGCCAUCCUCGGAGGGUAACACAACAUUACAGCAAAAAAUUAAGUCUAAACGGCAGGAUUUUAGCAGACUAUUAUGACGCAGGGACUCAAGAACACAGAAUAACACUUAGACUAAAUACACAAUCCUGGAAGUUAAUUAGACACCUUCCACGGCGCUGUUUGCCUAAUUCAACCUCCUUCCUUUUGGAAUUUUAAGUUGAAACACAUUUCUGAUUGAUGCUGUUUUGUAAUGAUGAUUUUAAAACAAACGUAAACUUCCAAGCAUUACCCCCCCUGCAGUCAUCACACUGCAGCUGCUUCUCAAACACCCUGGUGGCCGUCCAGGAAUAGAGACAAUAAGCUCAUUAUGUAAUGGGUCAGUAAUGGGUGGUGUGACAGUGCCCCUCCUUUUCUUCAAGACCUGAACACUCAGCAGUCUACAGGCAGACGUUAGGGGUCAAAUACAGCAGGAGCAUGAAGCACGGUUUUCCUCAUCUGCAUUUCAGGAUAUUAGACCUUGUUGUAGAGGAAAGUAAAGAGCAGUUUGUGUCAUAUAAAGAUUAUUCCCAAAGAGACUACAGACAUUAUUCAGUUUCUUUAGAUGUUACACAGGUCCACUCGGGAUUCUCAGUCGUUGCAAAACCUGCUAUAGAUAUAAUAAGUGAUCAAAACGAACAGCAAUAACUGAUAUUUGUAAUAUUCGUCUGUAUAAGUUAUGGUACCUCAGAAAAUUAAGGUGCUUUCAGAAAAGCUCACUUUACCCGAGCUGCUGUCUGCCACAUGUGAGAUUUGGCCUCAUGUCAGAGUCCAUUUUAGCUCAUUGUGCAACUGUCACUCAUUUCAUCCAAUCACCUUCAGGCGGCUCAAAGACAAAGGAUACCGAACAUUAGCGUUUAAUGAUAAGCCACUGAACGUACCGCUCUCAUUUUACAUCUCUGUGGUGUUUAAACUGGCCUGCAGAGUAAAAUAGAUUAACUUAGUUUAAAGGCAUUGAAUGGUGACAGUUAUGUUAAAAUACUCUGCAUGGUCUCGUAAUGAACAACAAAAGGAUUAAUAAGUCAAUAAGUGGGUCUAAUAGCAUUGUUACUGCCAUUUUAAUAACAUGUUAACAUACUAUCUUUACAACUUUAUUUGAAAAGUACUUUAUAAAUCCAUGUCAUGCAUUCCAGUAACUGAAAAUAGAUUCAUCACAAGCUGUUAUUUUUAAGCAGGUAUGUCAGGAAAACUGCAGUUAAACAUCCUCGGUUAUAAAUUUGAGCUUUCUUUUUAAACCUUCUUUUUCAUUUAUGUCCGCCAAAAAGUUAUCGUUGGGUUUUUCACAGUUUGGAAAGGAAGAAAUAAUUAUAUUAGAACAUCUCUCUUGGAUGUAGUAUGCUUAAAUUGUGAUUUUUCGUUGUUAAUUUCAAGUUUAUAAAAUACACAGAUGGCUUUGUUACCGCUCUUAAACAGGACGUAGACCCAAACACAACCCUACUGAAGUUUUUAUUCUAAUGAGCAUCACCAAAUAAACAUAAACCCGCCACAGCCUGAACGAGACACUUUACUUGAGUGUAAAUCACUGUGCGGAGAAAGCGGCCUCUUAUCUCCUCUGAUGUUUUCCACCCCUCUUUGUCUGUGUUUCAGAGCAAAGGUGAAAGAUAAGAUCCAGCUGAUCAACAACAUGCUGGAUAAGGUCGAUGAGAUGAUCAUCGGCGGUGGUAUGUCCUUCACCUUCCUCAAAGUCCUCAACAACAUGGAGGUGAGGAGGAAAACACAGAGAAUAUGUGUGUCACAUGGAAAACAUUGACUUUUUUUUACUCUCUCAGCCAUCAUGGGGGUUUUUGAAGCUAAAUUUAAUCGCACUAAAAACUCAAACUUAGCUGUAACCAUUUUUGAGAUAACAGAUAACAUUUUUCCUUUAGGGUCAAAAAGUCAGACAUAGUCAGACUGUGUAUAGAAAAGUCUGAGAGAGGUAUCACUGGUGAAUUUGUGUUUUUUCAUUCAUUGAGUCACACAGACUAAAUUCCAACACCUCCCGUUGUAAUGGGACAAAGGCAGAAAUCUCAAACAUUGAUAGACUGAAACCACGAACACAAAGUGAAUGAAACAAAAGUAUCUGCAUGAGACAGUGAGGGAAUGUGGUCUGUCACAAUUUCAGUCAGCGAACUCUUUUAGUAACAGGAGACCUUUUCCAAUCUUUAUCCAAGAGUUCAAACUUUUUAUAAAACAAAAAGUCACAACCUUUUUUUAAACCGUAUGUUCUGUCAACAAUAGCAGCCUCCUUCUUCAUGCCGGUUCAGACUCAACACAAGACAAUGUUUCCCUUUUGCAGAGUUACAAAAGAGUGAUUCGCAAACCCAAAUCAGUCUCCAUCAGAAAUAGUCUUGAAUGUCUUUAAAGUUUGAGGAAUACCAGCUAGAAAAAAAGAUAUCACGUAAAAGUUUAACUUGAAAAUUGUCCAUGUUUGCUGAAUUUGAGCUUGAUUACACUCCCGUCUUUUAAAUCUGAAUGUAUUUUUGUUUUCUGUCAGAUCGGUACCUCCCUGUAUGAUGAGGAUGGAGCCGGUAUUGUGAAGGACCUGAUGGCCAAAGCAGAGAAAAACGGCGUCAAGAUCACGCUGCCUGUCGACUUCGUCACCGCUGACAAGUUCGACGAGAACGCUACAACAGGCACCGCAACCGUUUCUGGUGGCAUCCCCGCUGGCUGGAUGGUGAAAAGUUUUACUUGACCCCAUAAUCGCAGAUAAAAAGAUCAUGGUUGAAGUUUUCUUUUCUUAAUUUUUCAUUCUUCUUCGUUGUUAAAUUGUUAUCUGCAGGGCUUGGACUGUGGACCAGAGAGCUCUAAGGCCAACAGCGAGGCUGUGGAGAGGGCUAAGCAGAUCGUGUGGAACGGUCCAGUUGGUGUGUUUGAGUGGGACAACUUUGCAAAGGGGACAAAGAGCCUGAUGGACAAAGUGGUGGAGGUGACCAAAAAAGGCUGCGUCUCAAUCAUCGGUAAUAAAGAUUUCAUCCUCUCGGUGUUUUUGUUUACUUGUUUGUGUGUUUUCUGGUCAGUACAGACUUUAGUUGGAGUGUUUUUUGAGGAUGCUGCUGGCUUGUUGAGGAGCUAAUUCAGAAUUUGGUAAACUAAGUCAUCCAGAUUAUUCUGCAGAGAAAUUUACACGAGUCUAGUCUUGCUUUUAACUAAAUUUUAUGUCAUUAACUUUAAGUGUUUUAGCAUUUAUCUUUUUCAAGUUUUAAUGACAAUAAGGUCUUUUAUUGAGCUAUUUUAGUGCUCUUAUUUUAGUAUCUUUUACUGUUGUUUUUAUUUUAUUUCUUUUUAUUUCUCAUUUCUUAAACUUCAUUCUAUGUCACUUUGUUUUUAGAUUUUAACCGAAACCUCCAGUGAUCCCUUAUCAUGAAUUUUAAAAUUGCGUUUCCUCAAUGCGCACACUCCUGUUUCCAUGAAAUCAAGCCCUUUUUAAGUGAAUGCAUUUUAAUACAGUUUCUGUUGUGUUUAGAUCGUGGGGUGGGAAUGGAAGUUGGGUUGGGGUAGAUUUGGGUAUUCUUUGUUUCUUUUAUUCCUUUUUCUGUGUAAAGCACUUAAUGCUACAUGGUCGUCUAUGAAAAGUGCUAAAGAUAGAUAGAUAGAUAGAUAGAUAGAUAGAUAGAUAGAUAGAUAGAUAGAUAGAUAGAUAGAUACAUAGAUAGAUAGAUAGAUAAUAGGAAAUUUGUCUUCACCAACUGUACAUUACAUAAAAGGACAAAAAUGCAAUGAUUGAUUGAUUGAAAUCUGCAUUAUAAAGAUUUUAAAGGCCGUUAUCGUAAUAAACUCCUAAAUCACACGUAAAUGAUGUCUUUGUGUCCAGGUGGGGGCGACACUGCUACCUGCUGUGCAAAGUGGAACACAGAAGACAAGGUCAGCCAUGUGAGCACAGGAGGCGGAGCCAGCCUGGAGCUGCUGGAGGGUCAGUGAUGAUGAUUAAAACCACAAAAGUGACCUUUUCGAAAUCGUCGCACCUGCAUGACAGAAAAUGUCAUUAUCGUGCUGAUUGUGUUUUUUCUGCUCUCUCUUUGUGUCCACAGGUAAAGUUCUGCCAGGUGUGGACGCACUCAGCAGUGCCUAA